GAAUAUAUACUACGCCAACCCUUUGAUAACCCCCCAAGACAUUGGUACAAUUAUAGAACAGAUAGAUACAACAUGGCUUUAUCAACAUCAUUGAAUAGAAUACUACCACAAAGAUUCAUGGGUGUAAUACCUCUUUUCAUUGGGAUUGAAAUAAUAUUGGGCAUUGCUAUCUUAAACAAAGCAGGUGGGAUCUAUGGUAUCUUAUCCAUCUUCACCGGCCAUCCUAUUAACUUCUGGCAAUGGUUAUACAAUGUGCUUUCUAUUUUCACUUUACCAUUUUAUAUUUCAGCAUUAAUCAAUUUAAAAACAAGACCAAAGAAUGCUAGAAAGAUGUCAUUAGCAUCUAUCAUAUAUACAAUCGAUACCAUUAUUGGACUUUUGUAUACCAUUUAUUUCAUCUAUUUCUGGUUCAGUCUGGAAGAUGUUAAAUCAAACUCACUUGAUUAUGCUAAGCGUGCUGUUGGAAAUGAUUAUGCAGCUGAUCAAGAUUAUGGAUUACCAGUUACUACUACUAGUAAAACAACAACUCCAGACUUAUCCUCCCAAUCAGCAUCUUUAGUAAGAGAAUUAUAUGUUACAUUCGCUACUACUAUAGCUAUCACUGCUAUUAGAAUAUACUUCAAUUUAGUAUUUGUUUCUUUCACCAAAGCAUUAUUAAAACAAGAUCUUAGUGAUAGAAAAUACAAUGAAAGACUCACCGGUGAUGACGAUGAUGAAGUUGAGAUUUUAGGUGCUACUGGAAUCUUAGCUGGUGUUCAUAGAUUUAUCUAUGAUUUAGAAAGAAGAUCAAAGGAUUACUUAAAUGUUCUCUUUAAUUAACACUUUUAAACUUACCAUGUUGACAUAAUUUAUAAACCAAAAUACCAUAAAAGUAUUCUCAUGUCAUACCUAAUAAUAUCUCUACUAAUAACCCAUAUCUUUAUAUAUAAUCUAAUUAAUCUUAAUAAAAUCUCCCCCCCCCCCCCCUCCACUUUAUAAAAAGUUUCUGUACGGCACUUCUAUUUUGGAUUCUCACUCACAACCAAAAAAUGAUCUGGUUACCUUCUUUACAAAUUUAAAAUCCUCUAUUUCCUUUGCCAUCCAAUGUCAUCAAUCAUUACU